CGGGAGCCGCGUGCUGGAGGGGGCGAACCGGGGAGCCGCAGAGCGAAGUGUGAGCGCCGGUGUCCUGGGAUGGUGGCAGCGCUGCUCCGUUACCACAUCAACACGGCCUGGAGGGAGCCCGCGGGGGGACGGGACUUGUCCGUCUGUCCCUUGUCCCGCUGUCUGUCCAUCCCAGCGUGCUGGAACUGCUGGCGGCCGUGUGGCCGAGCUCCAAAAGGCGUCGAGGCGUUCCCUGCCGUGCGUGGGCAACCAUAACUCGUGCCCAGGUUGCCCCUGCCCGGUGGCCGCCGGCUCGUCUUUCCGUCCAUCGAGGACAGCUUUAAUUACCCCCGGAGUCUCCCUGCCGCCGGAUCCGGUUCCCAUCAAUGAUUCAUGCCCUGCUGUGGGAAGGGGUUCCUCGGGUGCCGGGCUGGGACCGGGGGGAUUUUCCGACCUUUCCAGCGUUCAAUUGGUGCGGACGGACCUGGUGGUGGUUGGAGGUGCACAGGGCGCCCCGUGGGGUGAGUGAUGGGGUUUGGGGGCACAGCGUGGGAAAGCUUUGGGGGGGCAGAGGCAGGCUGUAGGUUUUGGGUGUCUGGGCGUCACCCACUGCAGCCCAAUGGGGUCAGGGACCCAUCGGGCUCUGGGGAAGGGCAGAAUCCCUUCCACGUGUGCAUCCCAGCUCCCUGUGGCUGCUGCCCCUUGGACGCAGAUGUGUCACAUCCCACAUCUGAUCCAGCAGCACGGGGAGGUGUGCCGGCAGCCAGCUUCCCCUGGCAGUUCUGGUCCCCCCAGCCCUUCUGUGGCAGUAUUCUGAGAAGCAGCUCGUCCUCCUGGGGCUGACGGGGGCCGGAGCUGAGCUCUCCCCUCUACAGGGACGAACGCAACUGCCUGCAGAGCCCCGAGGUCCCCAUGGGUGUCCUGAGCUGCAUGAAGUACCUGAUGUUUGUCUUCAACGUGCUGGUGUUUGUGAGUCCCGCUGGGGAUGGAGGGGUGCAGGGUGCUGUGCUCAGAGCCGUGAAGCCGAGCGGCGCCAUCCGUGCGGAGCUGGGAUGUGAUGCUCCAAGGGAGGGGACCCCAGCAUUGUGCCCUGUGACCGUGCCGUGUCCCACAGGCCGGGGGGAUCUGCCUGCUAAGCGUGGGGGUCUGGGUGGCCGUGGACCCGGCUGGUUUCCAGGACAUUGUGGCUGCCAAGCCUGUGUGAGCGUGGGUGCCUACCUGCUGCUGGCCGUGGGCAUCGCCCUCUCGCUGCUGGGCUUCCUGGGCUGCUGCGGGGCGCUGCAACGGAGCCGGCCGCUGCUGCUGGUGUUCUUCGUCCUCGUGAGCCUUGUCUUUGUCACACAGCUCGUUGGGGCUGUGCUCUUCCUGGCACACUGGAAGCAGAUCCGGCCAGAGCUCUUCCUGUCAGAGCUGCGAAGGAACUACUGCGGGGAUGAAGGUGCUGAGGUCUUCUCUGUGGCUUGGAAUACCCUCAUGGUGACAGUGAGUGGCCGGGAGGCCCCUGCUGGGGUGUGGAACACACGUGGGUGCUGCUCAGGGUGACUGUGACCAUGGGGGUGGUUCUCAUGGAGCACAGGACUCGUGCUGGGCCAUUCCCCCUUCCUCUGUUGCAACCCCCGAGCGAAGUCCCUGCAUUUUGACAGUGCGUUGAUGGUGUUUCCCUUCCAUUUCAGUUCUCCUGUUGUGGCGUUUUAGGGCCUGAAGAUUUUGGGAAUGGCUCCCACUUCCAGGAGCUGCACCCUGGGACGCCGUGGCCGCAGGCGUGCUGUGCCCGGGAUGGGGUCCUGCAGGCAGGCGAGCUGCUGAGCUGGGAGCAGUGCCAGGAAAGGAACCCUGCCUACAUCCAUGAGCAGGUAGGGCUACCUGGGCACCUGCUGCCUGGGCACAGCUGUGCUGCGGUUCUGCGCAGCGGUGACUCCCCAAAUCUCCAGCUCACGCUGCCCCACCACGGCGCCCCCGACUUGUCCCAACCUCCCUGUCCCUCGGUCUGUCUCUGAGCUCCCUGCAGCCCUGUGAAGCACAAGGAAUGCCUCCAUUGUCUCCCCUCCUGCCCAGGGCUGCUUCCCCACCUUCAGCAAGACCUUGCAGAAGUACAUCUCCGUCCCUGGGAUGUGCAGCUUGGCCGUGCUGGGCAUCGAGAUCUUCGCCAUGUUCUUCGCCUUUUGCCUUUACUACAACUUUGACUGAGCAGGAUGCUGGGAGCAGCUCUCCAGGCCACCGGCAGCACAGCAGAGAUGAACCAAAUGCAUUGGGAACAGCAGCAGGCAAGGAUGCUCUGUUUUCUUGCAUAUCUCAGCCCAGCUGUGCAGAUCAGUAGCCUUGUUGAGCCCUGUGUCUGCUCCAGUGGGUGGGUGAGGACGAGGAGCAGGGACAGGGCUCAGGUUCAAAUCUUUACACACAAAUAUGAGGACAAGCAUCAGAUUUGCUCCUGCUGCCAGGAAAAUAGCUAUGAUGACACAGAGCCCUGCCUCAAAAAGCUUCUGAGCUGCUCUAUCACCAGGAUCAGGAUGUCUGCAUCCUCCAUCCUCCCUCAGCUCUGUUCCACCACCCCUCACUCCCCAUCUCCUCUGCAUUGUCCCCCUCCACACCUCUGGGCCCUUUUUCUCCUUUCUCAGCCCUUCCCUCUCCUCUGGUCUUUUUCUCUGUCCAGCUCCUGGAGAUGCAACCCAGCUGUGUUAAAUGGUGCAAU